CCCCUCCCGGAGGAAGCAGAGCGGCGUCCAUCGGACUGGUCGGCCUCUCAGAGGGACUCUCCCGCUUGUCGUCAGCCGGCACCCCCCUCCCUCCCUCCCGCGCCGUCUCAGCCCGGUGUGGGGGCCUGUGAGCGGACUCUGCCUCCGGUCUGGACCGGGGGGAGCGAUGCGACGUCUCGGAGGCGGAGGAGAGGAGUCCGGGCAGCAGACGCAGCAGACGCCUGAGCGCAUCUGAGGGGCUUCUUCUCGUCACAAAGCGUUUGUCGCAGGAUGGAAGCUUCUUGCGCCCCCUGCUGACGUCCUGACGACCCGGCAUCUCACCGCGCUGUGGAGACAGCUGUGUUUCACUUGUGUUUGGGAUUCUGGUUUACUGCAGUCAUCACAAUGACUGACGGGGAUUAUGACUACCUUAUAAAGCUCCUUGCCCUGGGGGACUCCGGAGUAGGGAAGACCACAUUUCUUUACCGAUACACGGAUAACAAGUUCAACCCCAAGUUCAUCACUACAGUCGGCAUCGACUUCAGGGAAAAAAGAGUGGUCUACACAGCAUCCAACCCCAACGGGACGACAACAGGAAAAACCUUCAAGGUUCAUCUUCAGCUGUGGGAUACAGCUGGACAGGAGAGGUUCCGCAGCCUGACUACGGCAUUCUUCAGGGAUGCCAUGGGGUUCCUGCUGAUGUUUGAUCUCACCAGCCAGCAGAGCUUCCUCAACGUCAGAAACUGGAUGAGCCAGCUUCAGGCUAAUGCUUACUGUGAGAACCCAGACAUUGUUUUAGUCGGGAACAAGGUGGACCUGGCUGACCAGCGGGAGGUUCAGGAGAAACAAGCCAAGGAGCUGGCAGAUAAAUACGGGAUCCCGUACUUUGAGACCAGCGCUGCAACAGGAGCAGAAGUGGACAAGGCGGUGAUAACGCUGUUGGAUCUGGUCAUGAAGAGGAUGGAGCAGUGUGUCGACAAACCACCUGCAGAUUCAGCCAAUGGAAACGGGGCUACUAAGCUCAGUGAUGCACAGCCUAUUGAGAAAAAAUGUGCAUGUUAAGUCUUUUUUAAGUCAUCAACCAGUCGAUUCUCCUCUGUCCGAUUGUUACAUCCUUUACAGCUUUUGUUUUUUUUAACUCGCCCUUGUCUGCCAGUUUGUGACUGCAUGUUUCUUCAUCUCCUUGUAUGUUUUUUUUCUGAAAGGAUUUAUCGUACUCUUUGGCUCUUUUUUUUUUUAUAUACGCCAUUCUCCACAACUGUCUGCAGACCCCACAAUGAAACAGCUCUGGCUCCCUCUAGUGGACAUUUCUGCUGUUACCGCAUCAAGCUGUGGAAUUGAAAAGAGGAUGGGACGGCUUCACUGCUGUCAUAAAUGAACAUGCCUCUUUGGAUACACGCACGCUGGGAAUCAAUCUGUGCUUUCUUUCUCUGUGGACAAAAACUGGCUGCAAAGGACCAAAACUGACACCUACAUUUACAUGAUGCUAACCAUUUUAAUAAGAUGUUCAAAACCAGGGAAAAUCAAAGCUUUUGGGUCUAUUUGAGGUGCGAAGAGUUCAGUGUUCGUUUCAGUUUCUGUGCAGUUUCAGUCUAUUUCUCCGAAAGCUUCUCUUCCCAGAAGGCCGUGAAGAAUCACCUGAACCACGUGUUACCUUGUGCUCCUGAGUGUGCCAAACAUUGUGCCAAACUGUGUUUUGUUGAAGUGGCUGUGGUGUUGAGGUGGAGGGAUUUGACACCCGGGUGGGAGCUGCAGGAGCCUUUUGAAGCAAAAUUCUGCCUGGUUUAUACUUUCUCUCUAAGACUAACUGUUGAUAUAGUCUUCAUAUUUUCUUUUUUGGGGAUUAUUUAACAAAGUCUGCAAUUAAACGUCAUUCAGUGAGCAACGCCACAGCCAACAGUGGAGUAAACUUUACUUUUGAAAUUAUUUGAAAUACUUUAAAACUAAAUAUGAAGCUAAUUAGUUUUAUAUUGACUCUGUCCCAGCCCCACAAGAUUUUUUUUGACUCUCUAGCCUCUCGACCACAUGACCUCUCAGAUUAAGACAGUUCAUUGUUUUAUUGCAAGUGAACACUUUGUGAAAAAUAACCUUAUAAAAAUGAUGCAUCAAAGAAUUUUCUUUUGCCAUGACUUUAAUUUGUGUUCUGUUUUUCACAUCCUGUUAUUUCAUUUAUAUCUAGGAUUUCCUCAGAUUUAGGAAUUUGAUUCAACGGGUAGAUGAAAAGUUUUUCACAACAACAGUGCCAUAUUUUUGCAGUUCAUACACACUUGUACCGCCAACCUCAACAGUUACCUCUAAUCUACUCUCUGUUAAAAUCUCAGCCAUCAACUGAAGCUAGAGUUGCCAUCUGGUGCAGGAGACCAUCCAAAAGUCCCUCCAAAUCCUGAUGGUCCCAAAAACAUCAGUAAUUAUGUUAGAAAUCCUUCUCAUAAGGUGACAAAUAUGUCAGAACUCCAGCAAAAAACAAACUAGUGCCGCCAAAAUCUCUUCCUGUUUAAAAGUUCUUGCCAUGGUGGUUUAGUCUCCUAGCUAAACGAAGCAGGUCUGGGCUGCUGCAAACUCUUGUUGCCUGCUUUUCAUGGAGAUUAGGUUUAGGUAAAAAGAGAAGAGAGAUUUUCUGGCAGAAAAUGCUGAAAAGGUGCAUUUGAUGUGGAGACCAACGUUGACAUUUACAAGUCUUGUUAUCUGUAGGAACUGAGAAGAAAUGUUUGUUUCACAGAAGCCUUUGAGCAACAGUUUUAGUGCUUCUGUUUAACGCAGUUUCCACAGACCAAUACCCCUAACUGCGACAAUCUUCUGAAGCUAACUGAUGCUAAUUUGCUUUGCCUUUUCUUAAAAUCUGCUUGAAAUGUUUGAGCCGAUCAUUUUCUGCAUCCAUUUCCAUUUUCUGUGUGAUACUUAGCUGCUUUGGAUGAGGUUUUUCUCAGAGAUCUGCUCCAUAAACCAAGUCUUACUCGUAGCUUCUGAAUUAAAAGUUUACACUGUUUGCAGUUAUGCUGUGCCUGUUGAAAUUCUUCUGCUUGAAGUUUAUGAGCUGCUGAAUAUUUAUAAGCAAAACUAAUCCUAGGUCACAGAGGAGAGGCAAACAAGAGCAGAGUACCUCCAAGAGCUUUUAUUUUUGAAAACUCCUCUUUGUGCGAUUUCCUCUGAUGUCUGCAGAUGCACUUGUUCAGUUGUUUUAACCGUGUGUGUCGAUGACUGUGUGUGUGUGUUGCACUGUCAGCAUGCUGGACACUUUUGAGGAUGGAAUGAGCCGUGAUGCUUUCAGUGUUCCGGAUACAGAGCUGCAAAUAAAUGUUUGUUGGAUUAAUAUUGA